CUUCCCUUGUCCCCGUAUGUAGGGGCGCCGCUAAUGAAGCCGAACGGGAAGCGCAAGCGCAGUAGGACCUACAGUUGUUUGGGACGGAUGAGGAAGUGACGCCCGCAUUCUUAGCUUUCGGUUAUAUACAGCGCUAGAGAGUGUGGGGAGGGGAAAGGUAUGUGGGUCUCUUUGAGGGAGGUUCCUCGAGACAAGUGCUCGCCUGCCGUUCUCAGCCAAUUCGAGUAGAAGGCGACUCUUUGAGGGCCUGGCUGGAGGAGUGAAAAAGGGAUCGAGGCUGUUUGGUGGUAGUUGGAACCCAGAGAGAGGAGCCUCAGUUUAUUUGGGAGUUUACCCUUUCCUGCUUCAACAGACCAUGAGCCCAACUGAUGCCAAGCGUAGUGGUGCCAAGCGCAGGAAGAACAAGAGGGGUGCUGGCCUUGGCCCAUCAAGCCUAGCUGGUGUCCUGGAGCAGCACCUGCUCUCUCAGUCUGCAGCACCUGCCUCCUCAGCCACUGUCUCCUCUUCCUCCUCGUCCCCAUCCACUUCCUCUGUAGCUUUCUCCAUACAGCCGGUUGCUGCCACUCCUUCUCCUAGCACCAGAAAUGAUCAUAUGGCAGCAACUGUCACAGCUGCCCCCUUGAUUUCUAAUGAGCGGGUGGGGAAGGCUGAGAUUCAAAAAAAGCGCUGUGGAGGAACAAUUAAUUCUAGGCAAACUCGAAAGCAAAGUAGAAUGGCCGUUCCAGCUGCAGAAGUAGCUUCACAAGUUGACCCAAUUGACCUUGAAGAAAGUGGUUGUGAAGAAGUAGUAGAUCUCACCUGUGAGUCUACAGAACCAAUAGUGGUUGAUCUGACACACAAUGAUUCUGUUGUGAUUGUUGAAGAGAAUGUUCAACAUCGGCGAAAUCAAGAAUUAAACCAAAACCAGCCUGACAGCUGUGUGUUAAGCAGUGAUGACGAUGAUCCAAGAGAUAAUGAUGUGAUGUUAACUAGUACGUUGUCCAAAGGACUAGAAUUAUUGGAAGAUGGGAUUGCAGGUUCAAGGCGUUCAGGAACUGUGAGUUGUCCAAUUUGCAUGGAUGGCUACUCAGAGAUAGUGCAGAGUGGACGGCUCAUUGUAUCAACCAAGUGUGGUCAUGUCUUCUGUAGUCAAUGCCUCUGUGAUGCUCUAAGAAAUGCUAGCUCCUGCCCAACAUGUAGAAAGAAACUUGGUUACAAACAAUAUCAUCCUAUUUAUAUAUGAAGCUUUAUAUUUGUCUCCAAAAGCCUAAAUUGGACUUUGUGGCUGCUUCAUAACUUUGUACUUCUGCAAACAAUAAAGGAUUACAGAUUCCAUUUAUGCCCAAAUGUGACAGUUGAUUUGUGGACAUUUUAGUUGGCCUCUUUAUGGGUUUGCCCUGUUUAAACUUGUUUUUACUUGUUACAUUGGCUUUAAUGUGCAUCACAGCCUAUGUUCAAAGGACAAACAGAGUGUUCUUUUAACAAAAAUAGUCUUGUUACACUUGAAUGUGUCCUUUGCAAAAUGUCUUUACUGCUCCAAGGAAAGUGAGGGGAGUCAUGUGAACAUGUGUUUGGAGUCAUGGUGAUGGUACAACUAAAAGUGACAGGCAACUAGAAAAUCUGCUACUUUGUUCCACACUCUGUGAGACUUGAACCCAACCAUUAUUUGUCAUUCCAUGGAAAGCUUCUAGGGAUGUAUGGAACAUUACAUGGUCGGAACAGGCUGUUUCAAGUGUUCCAAGCUCAGAACAGAACGCCCUUCAAAUGAAGGGCCUGUUCCGAACUUGGAACAGAAUAGCCUGUUUCAAGUCAAAGUGUUCUGAGUGCCAUUUGGAUGGCCUGUGCGCAUGCACAGUGGCUAUUUGCAUGGUCAGCACCACUAUGCAAAUGGCCAUCAUGCAUGCAGAGGCCAGAAUAGCGCCAUUUUGGAUUCCAAAAUAGCACUUGGAACAUUCCAACUCGAAAUGGGCUGUUCCAUUGGAACAACCGGUUGUUUCAACGGAAUGUUUCGCAGAUUUAACAUUCCAUUCCAGGCUCGGAACGGAACGCUAAAUCCACAUGUCUACAAGCUUUCCUUUAUGUGGAAACUUGUGGAUUUCCAAGACAACUGAAGUUUGUAAUCACACUGCAAUUCAUUUUAAACAUUAAAUAUGUAAAUGUUUUAUUGGAGGCAUUCUGAUGUUUUGAAAUUUCUUUUUAUCGUUUGAAUCAAUACAAUAGACAUGACAUUUGUAAGAAGUACUUGAUGUCUUACAGCUAUAGUCAGUUGUAAACAAAUGUAUGUGCACCUACUUUCAAAAGAGUAAGCUGAAACAUACUCCAUACACUUUUUUCUUUUGGAGGUGAAGCUGAACUAUGAUAACAAGCUUAUCUUGGCCAUUUGAAUAUUCAUUAUGAAACACUAAAUAGCUUUAUAUAAAACCUACAAAUCUUACACAAAAAUUUCAGUCUGUUGAAUAUAAUUAUUUGGCUGGUCAAUUAUUUGAGAAAGUGACUCUGAAAAGUUUGCAUUCCAAUAGGUCAUAUUUUCUUUUGCAAAUAUGAAUUGCAUAUACUACCUGAGAAGUUUUCUUUUUACACAAUAGUAACUCAUACACAAUAGUAAUCGUUCUCUUACACAAUAGUAACUGAAAUGCAAAAGCUUGCAUUUCAACAGGUCAUAUUCUCUUAGUAUAUAUUGAUGCAAUGCUACCUAAAUAAUUUUCUUAAAUGAGUAUGUCAUCAGCUGCACUUUUUCUUUCCAAAUAGAAACUAUUAGUCCACCAUUUGACAAGGUUCAAAAAUGAACAUCUGGUUAUAGAACCAAAUUACAUUGGUUCUACUUUAUUCCUACAUUGUAAUAGUGUUGGGUGGUUUGCUGUCUUAACCAACAAAGCCUUAACCAACAAGACACGUAUGUUUAUGGUAUUUCUUUCACUGAUACUUGAACAAUGUUUUCCUAUUUGGCAUAAUACAUCUUGGAAUGUGUCCACAGGUCUAUUUUCUGAGGUUCAGAUUUUGAUCUGUAGCACAUAUCUUGAAGCUUUGCAAAAGGUCAGUAUCUGCAUUAUCGGUGAAAUUGUGUAGCUUUCACAGCCCAACAAAUCAGUAAUAUGCUCAAAACCAGAGGAAAAACAUGAACAUCUGACUAUACCAAUAUAUGACAAAUCCAUCCACACACAUCAUACAAUUGCAUAGGCUAAUGUAAUGUGAAGUAUUUAUGCUAAUGCUGUUUUUCAAGCAAUACAUAUUAAAAUAUGAAAUCAGUCUUAUCACUGCAGUGAGUGGUUUUAAAGUGAUAACUUUAGACUAUUUUCCCAAUGUUACUUUAUUAGGAGAUUAUAGUCAGUUUUAGAUUCUUCUAACUAUUUGAGUUAGAAUAGGCAAAAUAUCAAUUAAUGUUUAGAAUCUUUAAUGUGCAGAAAGCUGCACAGAUUGAGGAGUUGCCACUUCUGGCCUUGAUCACAGAGUUGCCAAAAAGAGCGUAAUUGUCCUUAUUAACUUGUAAGUGUUCUUCAAAUCUUCCCUCAACUUUACAGGAAUUCUUUACCUAUUAGCAAUCUAAUUAUUCUGGAUAUUGUAUCUCAGUGGAUAACCAGUGGCCCUACCCAUGUAUUUAAUUUGGGUUAAUUAGAUGUGAUCCUUUAGCAGUAGAUGAACUGCUCAUAGAUAAGCAGCCCCCAAGAUGGAGACCCUAUUAUAUAAUGGAGGUUUAGAAAUACUGCUCAGAAGCCUUUUUUUUCACUUCACUUCUCUCCUAUAAAUUGGGGGUACCUUUUGGAAUAUUUGAAGCAAAAUUUAAAAUAACAACAUUAACUUGAAAAUUUUGGGAAUCUCCUCCUGGCAAGUAGACAAACCCAUUCCAGUUAGAGAGAUCUAGAAAUGAGUACACAUUCAUCAAGUUAAUCUGAUUUUUUAAAAGAAGUAUACAAUAUUGACAUAGCUGGUAGCUAUUUUGGAAAGGUAAUACUAGUAUAUAGGAAGUAAGGUUGUACACUGUCACUUGGGCAUAAGUCCCAUUGAACAUAAUGGAGUUUUCUUUAGCAGACAUAGAAUUGGGCUAUAUAUCAGGAUUCAUCUAGUUAAUCAACAUGCUCCCUUAGUCUGAAGAGAGGUUGUACAGUUUUGUUCAUGAUAUUGCAUUAUAACUUUUCCACUGGUAUAUGACUAGUUGGAUAUAGAAUACUUAGCAGAAUUUGUGUGCUAGCUUCUGGGUGUUCUACCUGUCAGGCACACAGUUUGUAGCACUAACUUUUAAAUGGUAUAUAUAAUCUACAUCUUUUAAAAAAUCUCAAAGCCAUUUGGAGAUUGUUUUUAGGGCAACUGGUUAAUAAAGUGCAUGGUUUUAAGGACUAAUGAUCAAAUCUUUAUGUUGCCUGUACUUUUCCAUUUGUAAAUGUGUUCAUGUUUUUCUUAUUUAAAUAUAUCCAUGUGUGUAUAUCAGAUUUGCUUUUUGGAAUCUUAAUUAGGCAAAUAAAUUUUACUGCAGAUGAAA